AUGAGAGCGCAGUUUCCGGUCACAGACUCUUUGUUCGGGUCUGUAGGAUUGGCUGCCACGAAUUGUUGUGAGCACUCGGUGGAGGUGAAGGCACGGUUGUCGACCAACCAUGUGCGUCGUUCGUGGUCCUCCCCCUCCCCCUCCCCCUCCCCCUCCCCCUUCUCCUCCUCCUCCUCCUCCUCCUCCUCCUCCUCCUCCUCCUCCUCCUCCUCCUCCUCCUUCCCCCUGUGUUGGCGUUGGUGCCAAUUUCUGGGCCUCCCAGUGCAGAUGUUUCUCUCGGUCCUGGGCCGCCGCCUUCGGCGAGAGGGCCGCGAGGGCGGCGGCCAGGCACGGGGCCACACGCGGCUCCAGCUCGGGCUGCCCCCGACGCCCGCGAGAGGGAGUAGUCAGAGCCUGCGCAGAGGAUGA